UGGGGAAGAAGUGACUUGUGGGAUGCGGCAAGAGAGACAGAGGGGGAGAGUGACUGACACACAGAGUGGAACAACAGCGAGAGGAGCGGGAAAGAAAAGGAGGAGAGCCAUAAAAUAACCUGCGUUACGGCUAACUGAGCGACAGACAGACAGGUUUGCGCAGACAGACAGACAGACAGAGAGAGAGAGACAGAGAGAGAGAGACAGAGACAGACAGACAGACAGACAGACAGACAGAGAGAGAGAGAGAGAGAGAGAGAGAGAGAGAGAGAGAGAGAGAGACAGAGAGAGGAAGGAAAAGUUCAGAUCCCACGAACCAACGCGUGGGAGUGGGAAGCAGGAUCGUGACUGACUGAGGCAAGCUCCACUGUCUGUCUCAUCAUGGCAGGACCUGGAGGUGACAUGCAGUGGUGCUUCUCUCAGGUGAAAGGAGCCAUCGAUGACGACGUAGCUGAAGCGGACAUCAUAUCCACAGUUGAGUUUAAUCACACAGGGGAGCUGCUGGCCACAGGAGACAAGGGUGGGCGCGUAGUCAUUUUCCAGCAGGAAAUAGAGAAUAAAAAUCAGCCUCAGUUCCGGAGCGAAUACAAUGUUUACAGCACUUUCCAGAGCCACGAGCCCGAGUUUGACUACUUGAAGAGUUUGGAAAUAGAAGAGAAGAUCAACAAGAUUCGCUGGCUUCCUCAGAAGAAUGCUGCCCAGUUCCUGUUGUCAACUAACGAUAAGACAAUCAAGUUGUGGAAAAUCAGUGAACGAGACAAGAGACCAGAGGGCUAUAAUCUCAAAGAGGACGAUGGACGCUUCAAAGACCCCAAUAAUAUCACAUCACUGCGGGUACCAGUUUUAAUACCCAUGGACCUCAUGGUGGAAGCCAGUCCACGGAGGGUGUUUGCCAACGCUCACACCUACCAUAUCAACUCUAUCUCAGUCAAUAGUGACAAUGAGACCUACCUGUCUGCAGACGACCUCCGCAUCAACCUCUGGCACCUCGAGAUCACUGAUCGCAGCUUCAAUAUUGUUGACAUUAAACCGGCCAACAUGGAGGAGCUAACGGAGGUGAUCACAGCAGCAGAGUUCCAUCCUCAUCAGUGUAACACCUUCGUCUACAGCAGCAGCAAGGGAACCAUCCGUCUGUGUGACAUGAGGGUUUCAGCGCUGUGUGACAAGCACUCUAAAUUGUUUGAGGAGCCAGAAGAUCCCAGUAAUCGCUCCUUCUUCUCUGAGAUCAUAUCCUCAAUCUCAGAUGUCAAGUUUAGCCACAAUGGACGCUACAUGAUGACCAGAGACUACUUGUCUGUGAAGAUUUGGGAUCUGAACAUGGAGAGCAGGCCAGUGGAGACCUAUCAGGUUCAUGAGUACCUGAGGAGCAAGUUGUGCUCGCUCUACGAAAACGACUGCAUAUUUGACAAGUUUGAGUGCUGCUGGAAUGGCAAUGACAGUGUGGUAAUGACUGGCUCAUACAACAACUUCUUCCGGAUGUUCGACCGCGGCCAAAGGCGGGAUGUAACUUUGGAGGCAUCCCGUGAAAACAGCAAGCCCAUGCAGGUCCUAAAGCCCCGCAAAGUGUGUGCAGGGGGCAAACGCAAGAAGGACGAAAUCAGCGUGGACAGUUUGGACUUCAACAAGAAGAUCCUUCACACUGCAUGGCAUCCCCAGGACAACAUCAUCGCAGUGGCGACGACCAACAACCUCUACAUAUUCCAGGAUAAAGUGAACUAACUACGGGGUGUCAUGAGAUCUGGUGUGGGGGACUUUGUGUCCCACCUCGCAGCCUCGCAGCCUCAUCCAGGGUGAUCUGUGGUUAAUGCCGACAACCAGCAUCCCUGUCCGUCGCUACUGGGUGACCAGUCUUUGCCACUUUGUUCUAGAUGUGGACAGAGGAAGCCUUGCUCUUGCCCAUCAUCAGCCCGUCAGUGGCAGAGUAACACCCGCCUUGCUGUUUAAGUGAUGUGCCAAUUUAUUUCCCCCCCCUUCUUUUUUUUUUUUUUUUGCCAGCUCACCUGCCCUUUUUGUCUGGAUUAACAUGGGUAAACCAGUUUAGUUUCCUUAAAAUUCUGAAUACAGACACACUUAUUUUUAUAACUUUUCCCCAAUGGCUCUGUGGUAGAAAAUGAAAAACACUUAUUUAGUAUUUCCCCUUAUUGUCCUGUGCCAUCCUAGUGUUUAUUUUUCUAAGAAAAAAACUUUUUUUUGUGUGUGUAUACACCUUUUUAUUAAUUCAUCUGUUAUACUGUCAUAGUAUUCUUUAAGUCUCUUCACAUGUCCCCCCCCUCCCCCCAUUUCAUUAAACCAUGCAUACUCAACCGUCACAAAUGUAUGCUCACAGUUUUCUUUACACACUUACUGCUCAUACUGGACAGCAACACCUCCGCGGUUGCCUCCACGAGUUUGAGAAGUGCAGUGUGUUUUCACAGAUUGAAAGCCCGGACCAGCGAGGAGUUUUCCUUGCUCGCUCUCGCUGUGCCUCAGGCUCUGGGUGGCCAAUCGAGUCCAGACUCCAAAAGAGAUUUUUUUUCUUAUUUUUUUUGUUUGUUUUUGGAUUGGCUGUGUCUUGACAUCUUCUUCUUGUGCGUUGGUUCCUCGUCCUCCUUUUGUUUGUGUUCAACAAUAGUCAGGUAUAAGAGAUAGCCUAUUCAAAGAUAAUUAUUAUGAUUGUCAUAUUUAUAUUAAAAAAGUUAAAAUGUCACCAGAUUUGUUCCGUCCUGUUUUGUGAAAUGAAGCUGGACCUUGCGCAUAUCUUUUUGAGUGAUCUUUAAGUAUUGUCUUCCCAUGGUGUACCACAGCCUCUGAAGCCGUACUUCACAACAGGGAAAACCUUUGAUUUGACACUGGACUCUUACUCCACCAACUAAAGUACUUGGAUGUUAUAAGACUGCAGUUUUGAAAGAAAAAACAUUAUUUGAGGCAUUAAGUCACUUGAAGUGUUUGUUCAAACUACUGCAGACAUUAUUACUGCUACUGUAUGUGAUGGUACAAUAAGCUGCAUAAGGAAUUUGCAGCAGUUGAUGUUCCCACACCGUAUUUAAAAUGUGGUCAGUUCAGACUAUAUUGAUGCCUCUAGUAAUGUAUAACUACAAUUUUAAUCUAUGACAGUGAAGAUAAUAAAGGAACUACUUUUUG